AUGCGGCCUUUAACUUAUAGACCACAUACAUCGAUUAGAUCUAUUAGUCCAAUAAUAAUCAACAAUAAUUUACGACCUUUAUCAGCUUUAACUAAUUCCAACGAAAGAUUAGUUCCAUCUGCGAGGACUGUCCGCACAAUUGUUGCUCCAAGAAUGAUAAAAAACACUUGUGUUGAAAUGAAAUCGUCAGCAGACUCGUUUUCGCUGCUUACUAAGUCAUAUAAAUUUUUCAUGAACAAAUUACCCGAUGGAAUAUUCACCGAUUUUUCAUUACAGUUCCAAGAACUCUCCGAAAACUUUAAGAAAUUCCAUUCAUUAACAGUAUCACAGCUAGAUUCACGUCGCGCAAAAACUUCGUUAUCAAAAUUGAACCAAGAUCGCAAAAAUACGAAUCUUUCGAAGCACGCAAAUAAAUUAACAAAGAAAUUAGAGGAGUUUGCAGUGUCAGCACACUCAAUUAACGCUAGUGGAACUACACGUUAUUAUGAAUUGAUGCAGGAAGGGUUUCAGUUCCUUUUUGAAAGCCUAGAUACAAUAAAGAAGUCGAUAAGUGGAUGUAGAACUACACAGGAUAAGUCAAUGGUUAAAUAUAACCAGUUAUAUGCCAUCGCGUUUCAUGCAAAGAAAACUGUCGAUGACACUUUUGCUCUACCUGCUUCAAAGAGGUUUGAUAACUUUGAUUUUCAGACUUUCAAAAAUUCGAUGAUACAAAUUACGUCAUUAGCAAUUUCUAUUCUUUCCAAAGGCAUUCCAUUAAGACUUACAUCAUCAUACCAAAUAGCAAACCUAAGAUCUACGAUUUCUACCUCUUGUCUUACGAUAUCAAAUUUAAUGGAGUCUUCUCUUUGUUUUCAAGAUGAUAUAACACACUUAAGAUCGUGUUUGAUCGAUUUUACUAACCAUCUUAAGUUUAUUUUUGAGAAACUCUGUCUUCCUUUUGACGUGAAUUUUAACUUUGAGAAAUUCAAAACUCUGAACGCGGAAGAUCUUGUUGAAGAUGAGGCUUCAAUAAAUUACGAUAUGAAUUCUUAA